UUGUGAUAUUACUUGAAUUUUGAUUGGUACCAGCUGGGGCCGGUAACAACAACACCCCCCACUCUUGUCCUUUUAUAUUUUUUUAUCUGGGCAGCAUUACAAAUCCCCAAUUUUCAAACUCACUACUUACCUUUAAUCAAAAACUCAGUUCCGAGUUCAGACCACGAUUUUUAUUUUCUCAUCUCCCUCCAUUCAAACCCAGCCAACUAAAGGCUACUCCUCUGCAACAAAACACAUUUUCAAAAAAAAAUGGCUGAGAGUGCAGUGAUCCAUCUACUAGCCAACUUCGCACCCUUCCUCCAACAAGAGGCCAAUUUGUUGACUGGAGUUCGAGAAGAGAUCCAAUACAUCAAAGAUGAAUUCGAUCGCAUGACAGCUUUCCUCAGAGUUGCCGAUGCUAUGGAAGAGAACAACCCCGAACUCAAAGUAUGGGUCAAGCAAGUCCGAGAAGCUGCGUACGACAUUGGAGAUGUUCUCGAGUUGUACAUGCUUCGCCUCGGGCAUCGUCAUGGCGCUGGAUUUCGCGGUUUUCUUGGUAAGGUUUCUUGCUUUAUUAAGACUUUAAAAGCUCGUCACCAAAUUGCUUCUGAAGUUCAAAGAAUGAAAUCCAGAGUCAUCGAUAUUUCGAAGGGACAUCAGAGGUACCAUGAUAGAUAUGGUAUGUUAGAGCAAGGCUCAAGCUCAAGGUCCACUGGUCCUAACACAGCAUGCCAUGAUUAUCGUGGCGAUGCCCUUCUACUCGAUGAAUCUGAGCUUGUGGGCAUCGACAAGCCCAAAUCGCAACUAAUUAGGUGGUUGGUGCAUGAAGACCCCAGACUCAAGGUGUUUUCCGUAUCAGGAAUGGGCGGAUUGGGCAAAACAACACUGGUUAAAAAGGUCUUUGAUGAUGCAGUUGUGAAGAAUCAUUUCCAGAGCCAUGUUUGGAUCACUGUUUCUGAAUCCUUCAAGAUUGAGGUGCUCCUAAAAGGCAUCAUCAAACAACUUUUUGACGAAAUCAAGCAACCAGUCCCACAAGGGAUGGACAACAUGGAUACCAACAGCUUGAAAGGGAUAAUUAAUGCUUUCCUGCAACAAAAGAGGAAAACAUUUGUGGAGAAUUCUUGCCCUUCACAUUUGGAAGGACUUUCAAGAGCCAUCUUGAAUAGAUGCGAGGGAUUGCCGCUUGCACUUGUGGCAAUUAGUGGCCUUCUAUCAACAAAAAAUAAGAGCAGUGUGGAUGAGUGGGAUAAGAUCUACCGCAGCCUUGGUGCAGAACUACAAGCAAAUGACAAACUCCUAAGCAUGAACAAAAUAUUGUCACUCAGUUACAUAGAUUUACCUUAUUAUCUGAAGUUCUGCUUUCUCUAUCUAAGUGUUUUUCCAGAGGAUUGUUUCAUUGACCAUUGGAGAUUGAUUCGAUUAUGGGUGGCAGAAGGAUUUGUAGAAAUGAAAGUAGGAAUGACGAAAGAAGAAGUUGCCGAGGGCUACCUCAAUGAGCUAAUCAAUAGAAGCUUGGUUCAAGUGGCAGAGAGGAGAAGAGAUACAAGGGUUGCAACCUAUCGCAUCCAUGACCUUUGGCGUGAAAUUAUUGUUUCGAAGUCGGGAGAGCAAAACAUUGUGACACUAGCCGGUGAACAAAGCAGAGCGUGGCCCGAAAAGGUGCGGCGCCUAUCAAUCAACAAUCAUUGGGAAUAUACACAACAAAGCAAGCGUUUCACUCGACUUCGUUCUUUGCUUAUGUUCAAUGCAACAGAUUCACUGUCCAAGUUGUCCAUUCUCGCAUCGUCAAAUGAUGGUCUACGGCUGCUAACCGUUCUAGACUUGAGAGGUGCCUUGUUGGAGACAUUCCCAAAUGAAGUUUUGAAACUACUUCAACUCAGGUAUUUAAGUUUGAGGGAAACCAAGGUAAAAAUAAUACCAAAGUCAAUUGGAAAGCUCCAAAACCUGGAAACAUUGGACCUUAAACAAACGUAUGUCACUGAGUUGCCUGAUGAUAUCCUGAAGCUCCAACGACUGCGCCAUAUCUUGUUGUAUCGCUACAUAAUAGAUGGUGUUCCUUCAUAUCCUUUUGAAUACCAAUGCGGAUUCAAAGCCCCGACGAAAAUAGGAAGUUUGUCAUCCUUACAGAAACUUUGUUCUAUUGAAACAAACCAUGAUAAUGGGACCAUUUUGCUAGGAGAGGUAGGGAAGUUGACUCAACUGAGGAAAUUACAGAUUGGAGGCCUGAGAAAUGAAGAUGGGAGGGUGUUAUGCUCGUCCCUUGAGAAGCUUAGUAACCUUCGCUCAUUGAUUGUUCGUGCAACAGAAGAAGACGAGAUCAUUGAUCUAGAUUCUCUUUCUUCACCACCUCAACUUCUUCGAAUGCUCAGCCUAUGA